AACUUACUCCAAAAUUUCCAAAUCCAAAAUAUGUUAGUUUGCACCUAUCAGAAAGCAAUAAUUAUAACCCCAUGUUUUUGAAUCAAAGAUAUAAGCAAAUUAAGUUGGAAUAUGUUAGAUGUAGCUGCAAUAAACAUAAACCUUGUGCUAUUUGUAAUGAAAAAUCUACCAAAAUAUCAAUACAUGACGAUAUCGAAUGUAUAUACUUUAAUCCAUAUAUCAGUAAAAACCUACAACAAAUUGAUUUGGAUGGUCAGUGGCUUGAUGAGGGUGCUUUGCAAGAUACUGCUAAAAAAUAUUUUGGUAUUGCCCGAAUUAAUCUUAUCGGAGCUAAAAAUUUCAUAUCUACCGACAUGUGGUUAGAUAACGGAAUCCCUGAUUCUUAUGUAAAAAUUAUCAGUGUAUUUACUGGUGUGGAAUAUGACAAAACUCGUGUGGUUUAUAAAUCAAUCAAACCAGUAUGGAAACAAGUAUUUUACAUACCAAUUAAUGAUCUUAAUGAUCAAUUCUUUUUGUUGGAAGUUUAUAAUUCUAAUGCUUUCUCCAAACAUAAACUUUUGGGGUAUUAUGUUCUCGAUAUCAUGGACUUUAUGGAGGUUCGUGAUGGGACCAUUAAAGGAAAGCAUUUAGAUCUUAAAUGUGAUUUGACAUUAAAUGGAUCUAGUAGUGGAAAGCUUCAUUUUACUGCUGAUUUUUAUUCCUUUUUCGAAUAUAAAUCCGAAUCUACAACUCCUAUUUCUAAAAGUACCAUCACUAUCAAUCAUUUAUAUCUUUUGAUUAAUUAUCAACGUCAAGAUGAUAAAAUAGUUAAAAAACUUCAUGUCGAUGUUUGGUGUUCGUCUUUAAUUACAGCAUUCCUUAAAGCUUUAUUAUGGACUCAUAUGCGAGAAUGGAAUACAGUUUAUACAAAAACCGAAACUUAUUUGAGCAAAACUGUCAACAAUUCUGAAAAUGAAGAACGAUUAUAUAUUUUGGCCAAUAAAUUUGUAAUUGAAUACUUUAAAAUCUCUAAAUGGGAAAGUGAAAAUCAAAAAAUUAGUCUCGGUGUUAAUGCUUCCGAUUCCACUAAAAAGUUUGGUUCACCUCAAAAAUCCGAUGGCUCAAUUAAAUUGGAGGAAAAAGUUUUUAAGCAUAUUGAUAUCUCUUCUGAUAACAUCAUUCCACAAAGUGCAUGGGAAACUUUCCUUUACUUAACCGAUUCAUUACCAGAAGGAAAUCAAAAAUAUGAAAAGGCAAAGGCAUAUUUAAGCACUGAGAUAAAGGACAAUAAAUUGGAAGAAGAAUUAUUAGCAUGUACCGAUCAUAUUGUAAUUGAACAAGUUGAACAUGCAACGAAGAAAGUAGUUAAAGAAAAAGCCAAAAAAGUAGUAGUCAUCGAAACGAUGAAAGAAUCUGUAACCGUAGAAGAGGUCGAUAAAGUCACCAAAACUCAAAAUGGCUCGUUUGCAAUACCAGAAAAAAUUACCGAAGACCAUGGCACAACAAAGGAUGGAGAUCAUCUUGAUGAUACCGAAUCAAACGAGAAGCCUUUCCCAGAACCAGUUAAUGAGGAACCAAAUAAACACAGUGAACUAAGCACUGAACAGCAAAUAAUUCAACAGCUGAAAUUGAAUCAUGGUUUGUUCUUGAAUGAGUAUGACAUAAAACCAAGCAAAAAGGCAAUUUUUAAGGGUGAUGGUAAAUUGAAUAUAAGUCCCUAUAAUGAGCAGCCUAUAGUAUAUACAAAUAUAAAUGAUGCAGACUCUACAAUGAACCUUCUUAAUUAUGAUUCUGACAAAAAUGAUUUUAGUAAAGGUUUGCAACCAUCUGAUGCAUGUAUUAACUUUUCGAUCGCUGAAAUUACGUAUAAUGCUAAUUUGUUGGAAUCUUUUGAGAAUGACGACGAAAAUUUAAACGAGUUGUUUGGUCAUCUUUUUGCAAGAAAAGUUUUAGUUGGUGGUAAAUUAUUUAUCAAAGGAUUUAGAUCAGCUACACCAACACAAAUUGAUAUCGUAAAAUUUUAUUUAUCCUGUGUUUAUAAUUUAGCUAAAUAUUAUAACACUUUUUCUCCUCUCAAUAACUUUUCAGUUUUUCACUUUCUAAGUAUAGAAACAUUGGAUGGAAAAAAACUAGAUACACAUGUAAAAUUGGCCGAUUGGAUGAGAGAUUUAUAUCAAAAUAACAAAUUUGAUAUAAUUUCUUAUGAUAAUCUCAUUCUUAUUUCUCAAUUAAAACACAACGAACUUUCAGAUAUUAAUUUUAGAGCUCCAAUAGAAAAACAACCUGGAGUUGCUAAUUUUAAGGAGAAAUUAAGUUUUGAAGCGUGGUCUGGAAAUGUUAUGGAUGGUAGUUUAUUAAGGCGGAUUAAAGAUAUUCCUCAAUGUCUAGUGGUUAAUAAAUCAUAUAAAUUGGAAACGAGCAAAAAAUUUGCGGUUAAUUUCGUCAAAAUACCCAAUAUAGAAUUAAGUAAUAAAUCUUAUUUGGAAGUAAUCAAACCAACAACCAAAUUGGAAAAAGAAUUGAUAAUCAAUAAUAUCAUUUCAAUUAAAGAUUUAAGCCUAUUUUCCUUUAUUGAUAAGAUGAUCGAGUCUGAUGAUGAUUCAAUUUACGAUGAAUAUAGUUUUCUCGUUAAACUUGAAAAAUAUGAAAUUCUUAUGAAUAGGGAUCAUGUUAAACCUUCAAUAGAAUUUGUACAAGCUAUAAAUGAUGCAUUUGAAAGUACUAAAUCAUUCAAAGCUUUACAAGGUGUAUUUGAAGAAUACGGUCAUUUUUUUGCUCAAAAAAUUAUUUUGGGAAGGAUUUUCAAAAGGAAUAUACCAAAUGCUACUUCUGGUAAAAUAGAUUUAAAAUCACCGGUAGUUGAAUCUUUAGAACCAUAUUUAAAUAAUGUUCCAUAUCUGUUAAAUCAGCAAGGAAAGAUUAUUGAAAAAAAUGAAUUAUUGAAUUUGAUACAAGAUUUAAAUGAUUUGGAAAUUAUUGAAUUAGAUGAUAUCAUACCAUUAUAUAAAAUUCUUGAUGAACAACAACAAAGAAAAAUUGAUAUUAUUUUAAAUUCUAAUCAUGAUUAA